AUGGCAGAAAUUAAGCCUAUCAAACUGCUGGGAGUCCACGGACCCAACGCAGGCAAGAUCAUCCUCCUCUGCGAGGAAUUAGGACUCCCUUAUGAGACAGAAAUCAUCCCUCUCACCGACGUCAAGAACCCCAAGUAUGUCGCCAUCAACCCCAACGGCAGACUGCCUUCUAUCCAGGACCCGAACACCAACCUCACUCUCUGGGAAUCAGGUGCUAUCAUCGAGUACCUGACCGAGACCUACGACAAGGACAACAAACUUAGCUUCAAACCGGGCACAGCUGAAGCAUACCACGCUCGCCAAUGGCUCUUCUUCCAGACCACCGGCCAGGGACCGUAUUACGGCCAGGCAAUGUGGUUCAUUAUCUACCAGCCACUUCCCGAAGCUCGCGAGCGCUAUGUCAAAGAGGUCAAUCGAGUAACUGGCGUUCUGGAUGGGCAUCUGGCUAAGCAGGAGCCUGAUGCGGAUGGAAACGUAUGGUUCUUGGGUGGUCGGCUCUCAUAUGUGGAUGUCGCGUUCUUCACUUGGCAGCAUACAGCCGAGCCGCGAAUUCCGAAUGAGGAGUUUAAUCAGGAUGAUUAUCCGCAUGUUAAGAAAUGGGCUGAGAAUAUGCUCAAGCGCUCGAGUGUGCAGAAGCUGCUGAAGCUACAGGAGACUAAGUAG